CCGGACGGUGCGUUUUGAAAAACACCCCCGCCGAAACACAAACUGACAACACUCUUACGGCUUUCAAAUCUGGGUGAAAGUUUUGAGUUUAAAGUCGUCAUGAAGUUUCGAGGGAAAAUCGUCGACAUAGCGUGCCUCAACCACUUCAGCCGAGUCAUCACCACCAUCUCCAAGCUCACCAAAAUGUGCGUCCUGCGGCUGACUUCGGACAACCUGUUCUUCGUUUUGUCCGAGAAAGUGGCCAACGGAGGGGUGAGCAUGUGGUGUGAACUGUCUCAGGCCAACUUCUUCGAUGAGUACCAGAUGGAGGGCGUGUCCCCUGAGGACAAUGAGAUCUGCCUGGAGGUGACUCCGGAGAAUCUGUCCCGGGCCCUGAAGACAGUCCAGAACGCCAAAGCCGUCAAACUCAAGCUGACCAAGAAGCACUGCCCCUGCCUCACCAUCGCUGCCGAGCUGCCCACCCUGUCGAGCAUCAGCCGCGUCGUCACUCAUGACGUUCCAGUCGAUGUCAUCCCGCGGAGACUCUGGCACGAGUUCAAAGAGCCGAACAUGCCGGACUUUGACGUCAGUAUCUACCUGCCUCCUCUCAAGACGAUGAAGAACGUCGUGGACAGGAUGAAGAACCUCUCCAACUUCCUGGUACUGGAGGCCAACCUGAACGGAGAGAUGAACCUGAAGAUUGAGACAGAUCUUGUUUCCGUCACUACUCACUUCAAAGACCUGGGAAACCCUCCGUGGGGUGAGGACGCCUCACAGGAUGGAGGUCCGUCUCAGAGCAGGGACCCACAGGCCAUGGCCCAGGCGCGGGUGGACAUCAGGAAGCUGCAGCAGUUCCUCAUGGGUCAGCAGGUCAACCCCAGCAAGGCCAUGUGCAAUAUCGUCCACGAGCGGGUCGUCCACCUGAUUCUGCUGCAUGAAGACGUGUCGCUGCAGUAUUUCAUCCCCGCUGUGGCGUAGACCAGUGGUUCUCAACUGGUGGGUCAAGACCCAGAAGUGGGCCAUGUGACUGUUUACUGUGGGGUUUU